AAUGACACGAAAUCGACAUCCGCUCUGUAGUUAGUUCGUUUUUGGUGAGGCAGGACUUCCGAAGUGGACAUGUAAUGUAAAUUAGAUGAGUGGAGCAACCUGGUAGUUUGUAGAAUUUUAAAAAAGUGUUUUCCGUGAAUUCUGGAUUUGCGGCUUGUGAUUGGAGUGUGAAUUUGCACAGGUGUACAUGAGAUGGUAUAAGAAAUAACCACUUCAUGUAAUAUUCAACGACCGAGACGAUCCAGUGUCCCAACGAGUGUUCUGAGCGAUAAAUAAGAGGUGUUGUGCAAAAUCCAGCAGUGUUGCCUAAGCGGUGAAUCUCGACGAUCCUCCAACGACGGCCACGCGGUGCUGGCCACGCGAUGAUGGCCGUGUGGAAUUGGCUCCAAACCUGAAACCUAUAUCGUAAUCUUCUCCACCGUUUUCGGAUUUGGAUUGGUUUGGGCCAGCAGUUCGUGUGUUUGUGUGUGUCGUGAAGAAAGAACAAACAGGCUUGGGCCAAGUCAGUGUCGAGUCGAGCCUCUCGAAUAUGUGCAAUGUGCAACACGCUCAACUUAUAAAAGUUGAUAUUUUACAUGUCCAGCAGUCUCGAUUUGAGCCGAACAAGUGGCCACGAGAGACUCGCAAAGUGAAUGUCGAGAGUCUCCACGAGGGGGCAGCAUAAGUGAAAAAUAUAUAGCAUAGAAAAAAAACCGUCGUCUACAUUCGAAAGGAAAAAAAAGAUUUAUUUUAAAUCAGUUUUUUUUCGUAACUCUCCGGUGCUGAGGAGAGACCCUCUCGAGUUUGUGUGGUCCAAGGAGAAUUCGCCCUCAAAAUGGUGCAAUGUACGCUAGUGCUGGCCGGAAUCGGUGUCUUCAUGGCGGUCGGCGGUGCCCUUUUGGGCUGGGUCGUCUUUCCAGGGGCAGUGCAUGACAAAAUUAUCGAGAACACCGAGCUCCGCCAGGGAACGCCACAGUUCAAGCGCUUCGAAGCGUUACCACAGCCGUUGGACUUUAAGGUGUUCAUCUUCAACGUGACCAACCCGUACGAGGUCCAGAUGGGCAAGCGACCCCGAGUGGUCGAGGUGGGACCGUACAUUUAUUUCCAAUACCGACAAAAGGACAACAUUCGGUUUAGUCGGGAUCGAUCAAAGGUUCACUUUUCCCAACAACAAUUGUACGUGUUUGACGCGGAAUCAUCCUACCCACUCACCGAGAAUGACCCACUGAUGGUGCUGAACAUGCACAUGAACAGUAUAUUACAAAUAAUCGAUAACCAAGCAAAGGAAACGAUCACAAAUUUCCGUUCCGAUGUUAACAAUACUCUCGAAAAAAUUCCAAUAGUUAGGGUUAUCAAAAGAAUCAUAGAGAAAACGACGCCAAUCCAAUCCAUUCUACAAAUUGCCGAGGACGAAACGUACGACAGUUUGCGGCUGAUCAACGUGGAGUUGAACCGCAUCUUUGGCCGGCCCGACUCGAUGUUCCUGCGAACGACCCCGAAGGAGUUUCUGUUCGACGGAGUUCCGUUCUGCGUGAACGUGAUCGGAAUUGCGAAGGCGAUCUGCAAGGAGAUCGAGAAGCGCAACACCAAAACCAUCCGCGUACUGCCCGAUGGUUCGAUGAAGUUUUCGUUCUUUAAUCACAAAAACAUGACCGAAGACGGAAUCUACACGAUCAAUACCGGCGUCAAGAAUGCGCUGGAGACGCAAAUGAUCGAGUUCUGGAAUGGUAAGAACAUGCUGGACAAGUGGAGCAACUCGUCGCGAGGAUCGUCCAUGACCUGCAACAAAAUCGAGGGAACCGACGGGUCCGGAUAUCCUCCGUUCCGGGAGGGUGUCCAGCGGAUGACCAUCUUUAGUUCGGACAUUUGUCGGACCGUGGAUAUAAAGUAUGUCGGCUCAUCCAGCUACGAAGGCAUCCCUGCGGCUCGAUACGUGACCGACGAUAACUUCCUGAACAAGAUUGGCCCCGAGCACAACAACGAUUGCUACUGUGUCAAUCGAAUACCAAAGGCCAUCGUCAAAGCCAACGGAUGUCUGUACGAGGGCGCUCUAGAUCUUUCCACGUGUUUCGAUGCCCCGGUAGUUCUGACGCUACCCCAUAUGAUGGGUGCCGCUGAGGAGUACACCAGCUUGAUUGACGGUAUGCAUCCCGAUCCUGAGAAGCACCAGAUUUUCGUGGAUGUGGAACCGCUCACCGGCACUCCACUAAACGGCGGCAAGCGAGUGCAGUUCAACAUGUUUCUUCGGCGGAUCGACUCUAUUCGUCUAACCGAUCGAUUGCCAACCACGCUGUUUCCGGUACUCUGGAUUGAGGAAGGCAUCGCGCUCAACGAAGAUAUGGUCAAGCUGAUCGACGAUAGUUUGAUGAAGAUCCUAACGAUCCUGGACAUUGUCCAGUGGACCAUGAUCGCGAUCGGACUGUUCCUCGCCAUAAGCAUGCCCAUUCUGUACUUUACCAAGCGACGUCCCUCGUCGGGCACGAUCACGCCGACCCUGACGACGACCACGAGUGCCGCUAGCAUCCCAGAACGGGGAGGUCUUGGCGGGAAUCCCGACAAAUGACACUCGCUGAAGAUGAUUUUUCUGGACUGAGUUGACUGACUGAGGAUGAGUGAAUGGGAACAAAUUAUGAUAAAAAUUAAAAUUGAGCAAUAGAGAGAGCGAGUGCGAGAGAUUCAAGUGCCAACGCGUUGUGAGAGUGAACGAGUACCGAACAAAAUUUGAGACAGUGUGUACAAUUAUUUAGUUGCAAGCAACGAUAGUUCACCGUCUGUGCAUUUUAGUGCUAACUAAGUCAAUCCAAAUCCGUCCAUAAUUAUGUUUAUGCAGGAAUGAGCAGUUGUAUGUUUCUUUUUUUUAUUCAAGAGAUAAGAAUCAUUAGAAUAGCUAAUAAAUUAAUUGUGAUUGUUUGUAGAUAAAAAUAAAAUAUUACACAAUCAA